AUGAAAGAAGGGAUUGCUUUAUUGCAUUACAUCAAUCCAUUUACAAAAAUGUACACCAAAAGAAGCUUCUCAAGAACAACGCAAUUGUUUCCUGAAAAAUUGCAAAACUUGAAUGGUUUUGAAAUUAAAGUGGGUUCUUUCACUUAUUCACCAUCAGUGUUUGUAAAGCGAAAUGAAUCUGGUUAUCCUACAGAUGUUAGUGGACCAGAAGCGAUGAUUGUGAAAAUUCUUUCGAAGUUGAUGAAUUUCACAAUCAUAGAAGUUCCAUCUGAAGACGAAUGGUGGGGUAAUUGGAGUUGUCAGAACAAGAAUCUAUCCUCUGGUAUUAUUCAUCAACUUUGGCACAACAACCUUCAAUUUAUGACCAAUCAAGGAAAAAGGGCGCUCGGAUGUCCUGGGGAAAACAGUCGAAGUACAGGAUCACUGCGAACUUGUGUCCUAAUACCAAUUCUAAAAACAAAGAAUUCGUCUCUUUCACUCAAUUUUAAAUGGAUUUACUUGGUUUCUAUAAUUGUACCCAUCUGGAUAAUUGCUCAAAUUCUGAAAUUUGAUAAUAGCAUUUGGUCUCCAUUAAUCAUAAUGCAAUCGAUGCUAGGAUUUACAAUACCUCGAGAACCUGAGAAAACAGUUGAAAGAAUUGUCUUCGGUUCAGUUCUGAUCGCAUUUUCAGCUUUUUCUUCUACCUUCUUUACGAUAUUGACGGACAUGAAAUUGACAGAGCCAUCGGAGUUAAUGAUAAAUACUUUAGAAGAUCUAAGCAGGUCAACGUUUAUUCCAAAAAUGCAGGAGAAUUUUCGAUUUUCACUAACACUUACAGAUGAUUCGAUUGUUCAGGCAAUCUUAAAUAAAUCUAAAAUCGUAUCCAAAGAUGAAGAAUGUGUAGAGAUGUUGCUGGAGCACAAGAAUGUUGCUUGUAUAUUUAGAGAUACAACAGCACACACAGCAAUUCAGAGUUAUAGAGAUGCUGAUGGCGAACCCUUAAUGAAAACAAUCAAAGAAGAUUUCGGACCUUCCAUCAAAAAUAUGUUAUUUGAAUCAAAGUCUCCCUAUGUUCGAGCUGUAGAUAAAGUACUUAUUAGACUAAUACAGUCUGGUCUCAUUAAUCAUUGGGAAGAGAUGCAUUCACCUUCUGUGAACAAAUCGUAUCAUCGGCACAUAAAUAUGAAGUACGAAUCGACAGAUCUCGUUAUACCACUUCUCUAUGUUCUUAUUAUUGGAUAUUUACUCUCUUUGGCCAUUUUUGUCGGUGAGUUGCUUACGAAGCACGUGGAAAGUCGUAUUUACAAAUGUGCUUUCAUCUGCGUGCAUUAA